AUGAACAAAGCAGAGCAAGAUGAUCAAGAUCUGCUAUUAGAACUGUUCGGCCCACAGACCCCGCCGCCUAAUGCAACCUCUGAGCCAUCAGAUUGUGUUCUUGUGAAGGAUGACAUACUCUUUGAUCAGACUGCAAUUCCAGCCUUUGUAGAGCAAGGCAGUAAUCCAUUCAGAGGCUGUCCACAAACCACAUCCAUACCUGGACUAUUGCUCUGGAAGCACGCUCUUUCAGAAACAGAAUGUCAAUCUAUAUUGGCCCAUAUUAAGGAUAACAAUUGGUUCCGACCACAAGUAGGCAUUAAUCAGGUAGUGCGAUUUGGAACUAUUCCAUCCUUUUUAGAUCUACUAUGCCAAUUGGGUAAACAGCUAGUCUUUUACAUUGUCAUGUUUGUAAAGUUAAACUCGACUUUUGCAUACAGGACACCGCUAUUCGACCACAUGAUUGCCAACCAUUACUAUCCAAAUGAUGGACUGGUAUCGCAUGUGGAUCUGGUGAAUCGAUUUGCAGAUGGGAUAGUUGUGGCGAGUAUCAGCGGCUCAUGUAUUAUGGAGUUUUCACCAUCUGAUAAUGCCAAUCAAAACCAUCAGCCAAAAGUCAAUCAAAACCAUCACCAACCAGCUGGCACGAUUGAAAUGUUUCUUCAACAAGGAGAUUUGAUUGGACUUUCUGGUGAAGCUAGAUGGGAUUGGAAACAUGGUAUACCUGUACGACUAAAUGAUCAAUGGCAAGGAGAGAUAUAUCCUCGAACGGAACGAAUCUCGGUAACACUGCGUAGACUACUGCCUCAAACGGACGAGUCGUUUUGA